AUGCCUCAUAUCUUUGAGAAGGAGAAAAUUGCAAAACUCGAAGCGCAGAACCAAGGCUUGGGUAUUACUCGUGGGGGCGUUGGCAGCAAGUCGAGGGUGGUUUCUGCACCACAGCCAAAUCGGAAUGUCUCGUUGGCACGCCGUCAUCCGAAAAGGCAAUCCGAUAAUCUGACUCGUGUUGAUAAAUUCGAGCCGGCCCCGUUGAGGAUACGUCCGAAGAGUGUCGUGAAUCGCCAUGUGCCUAUCGACAGAGCUGGGGAUGGGAGUAGGAAUUCGAAACGUUUGAGCCAGUUGCCAGCUGUCAAAGAUGAGUCUGCCGGAUUCAAUCCAGAGCUAAUUCUGCCCUCAACACACGGGGACGAGAGACAAUCCCUAAGGUUGGCGAAUGACGAAACUCGCACCAUCGCUACAAAGGUGAAUCCAGUCAUGUCCGGUGCCCUCGCGACAGCGGUUAUGGAACCUUUGGUAAAGGGGGUCAAGAAGAAGCGUUCCCUUUUUGAUGUUUUGAAGGGAAAGAGCAAAAUCGCACCUGAGUCUAAGGAUCCUGCGGUUGAAGAGAUUGUCUCAGGCGGGAUCAAGGGCACUUUUGGGCGUCGUUCUGGAAAUCUUCUUAAGAGGUGGGCUAGUCGUGAUGCUGGGGGCUUGUUGGCUUUUGGGACUUCUAAUGAUCGUGGCGACACCCAGAGCAUUGGAAACGGGCUCACAUCUUGCUUUACGGUUCCUCAGGGCUCGAAAGAGGGGAGUGGUAGCUUUGGGGGCUUCGAGGAGGAUCAGUUCACUAAGGUCAUGUCCCAACGCAAUUGGUUCAUGAAAUUCCUUAACGUCAAGCCGGCUAGUCGCGUGAUCUGCUUCAACAUCUCACCCAUGGUUGCGCGUAAAGAGAUUAUGAAGCUUUGGAAGGAAUGGGUCAAAUAUGGACUGGUGAUUGUUGAGGAUGAUCGCAAGUCUUUGGUUAUGAGGGCUAGAGUCGGAACUCCUAACAGUCUUAAUAUUAAGGAGGUUUCUUUUGUGGGCGAAAUUCGUGCUUACGGAGGAUCUAGAAAGACUGGAUCUGGUGUGGUGAGAUUCACCCAGGAGAGAGGUGCUGCGUCUUCCUUCAACCGUGUCAUUGGAGAGAUGACGAAGAAGUUCUCUGAGAAACGGAUAAUCCUCCCAGAGGACUAGGCCCGUGGCCUUCCCGGAUGUAAUGGUAGGAUGUACAGCGAAGAGGGCUUCUAAAUUUCCUUUCUUUUCUACUAACCCUUUACUAGAUUCUCUGUACAAAAGUAUUUUCCAUUUUUCACAACCCCUUCACAACAGCAGCCCUUCCUUCUGUACCCGUAACAUCCGCUUUA